CGCCGCGGCUUAGGUGGCCCUGCCAUGGCUCCUCCGGCCGCGGCUGCCGGCCGGGGCGCGGGACCCUGCGGAGGGCGUUGAGCCCCCGGGCCGGGGGUGCGCACAGGUGCGCGGCCGUCGAGACGCCCACGGGGAGAGCGCGGGGCACCAUGCGUCCCCGCCCGCUGCUGUUGCCGUUGCUGCUGCUGCUCGCCUGCGCUGCGCACACCGUGGGUGCCCUCCCCCGACUGUGUGAUGUGCUCCAGGUGCUUCGGGAGGAACGGGACCAGUGCCUGCAGGAACUCUCCAAAGAGAAGCCGGGAGACCCGGGUGUGGAGCAGCCGGCCCCAGGUUGUGAGGGGCUGUGGGACAACAUGAGCUGCUGGCCCUCCUCUGCCCUGGGACAGACUGUGGAAGUGGGGUGCCCACAAUUCCUCCGGAUGCUCACAGGCAGAAACGGCUCCGUGUUUCGAAACUGCACAGAGGACGGCUGGUCAGAAGCCUUCCCUAGGCCUGACCUGGCCUGUGGGGUUAAUGUGAACGACUCAUCCAACGAGAAGCGGCAUGAGUACCUGCUGAAGCUGAAGGUCAUGUACACCGUGGGCUAUAGCUCCUCCCUGGUGAUGCUCCUGGUUGCCCUCAGCGUCCUCUGUGCUUUCCGGAGGCUCCACUGCACCCGCAACUACAUCCACAUGCACCUGUUUGUGUCCUUCAUCCUGCGUGCCCUGUCCAACUUCAUCAAGGACGCGGUCCUCUUCUCUUCGGACGAUGUCGCUCACUGUGAUGCCCACAGGGUGGGCUGUAAGCUGGUCAUGGCUUUCUUCCAGUACUGCAUCAUGGCCAACUAUGCCUGGCUGCUGGUGGAAGGCCUCUACCUUCACACGCUCCUCGUCAUCUCCUUCUUCUCAGAAAAGAAGUGCCUCCAGGGAUUUGUUGCCCUCGGAUGGGGUUCCCCAGCUGUCUUUGUUGCUUCGUGGGCCAUCAGCAGGCACUUUCUGGAAGAUGUUGGGUGCUGGGACAUCAACGCCAACGCGUCCAUCUGGUGGGUCAUUCGAGGGCCUGUGAUCCUCUCCAUCCUGAUUAAUUUCAUCCUUUUUAUAAACAUCCUAAGAAUCCUGAUGAGAAAACUGAGAACCCAAGAGACAAGAGGAAAUGAAGCGAACCAUUAUAAGCGCCUGGCCAAGUCUACCCUCCUGCUGAUCCCCCUCUUCGGAGUCCACUACAUCAUCUUCGCCUUCUCCCCAGAAGAUGCCAUGGAGGUCCAGCUGUUCUUUGAAUUGGCCCUUGGCUCGUUCCAGGGCCUGGUGGUGGCCGUCCUGUACUGCUUCCUCAAUGGGGAGGUGCAGCUGGAGGUUCAGAAGAAGUGGCGGCAGUGGCACGUCCGUGAGUUUCUACUGCGCCCCGUGGCCCUCAACUCCACCUUCAGCAAUGGUACCAGCGGCCUCACCCACAGCACCAAGGCCAGCACCUCAGAGCAGAGCGGGGGCACCUGCAGGGCCAGUGUCAUCUGAGAGGCUGCAGCAGGGCCACGCACGGGACAGAGACCAAGAUGGGUCACGAGAAGGCUAGACAUUGCUGCAGGACAGUCCGUAUCGGUCUUCUCAGCAGACAUCAUAGGCUUUUCUCCUGUGACCAAGAACUCCCCUCCUCUGGGCCUCGGGUUGGGGAGGGGGCUGUGGUGAGAAUUCCUCAGAACUGAUCAAAGCACAGGCACCGUGGGGCAGGACGAGGGCCUGGGAUUUGGGUCUGUUGUGUUAUGCGAAGGGCA